AGAGAGACGAAUGCAACAGACUUUGGGUGAUGGACACAGGCAAGAUCGGCGACACGCAACACUGUUCUCCACAGUUGUUGGCUUUCGACCUCGACAAUGACAAGCUCGUCUACCGGUACCGGUUCAACCAGUCUGUUUAUAAUGAACAGUCAUUGUUUGUUACUCCAGUGGUGGAUGUAAGACCAGGCGAUUGCAGUGAUACAUAUGUGUACGUAGCAGACGUCACUGGCUACGCGCUGGUAGUGGUUGACGUGGCGAGAGAACGCUCUUGGCGCCUCACUCAUCGCCUCUUCUAUCCGUUCCCCUCACGAGGGACCUUCACCGUUGACGGUGAGAGUUUCGAUGAAAUGGACGGAGUAUUGGGCAUGGCGUUGUCCCCUUGGAGACGUAACCGCGAUCGGUUCCUCUACUUCCACGCUCUUGCUUCCACCACAGAAAACGUGGUCCGGACAUCUGUACUCAAGAAUGAUAGUUUCUUGGCAGAUCCUAACGUUGACCCUAAACUUAUCAGGGUAUUCCCGGAUGAGCGACCAAAUCAAGCAGUUGCGGAAGCAAUGGAUCGGAAGGGCAUCAUGUAUUUCGGACUCAUGGACCCGCCAAGUAUUUGGUGCUGGAAUUCUGCCACGGAGUACAAUCAAAGGAAUUUCCACCAAGUCGCCGAAGACAGGGAAACUCUACAGUUCGCCAGUGGGGUCAAAGUCAUCAACAACCUUAAGGGAAAACAGGAGUUAUGGGUUCUUACAUCAAGCUUCCAAAGGUUCAUGACUGAGUCCCUAAGCUCUAACAGGACAAACUUCAGAAUUCACACGGGAAAGAUCCCAGUGAUCUUGGCAAGGUCACCAUGUUUGUUUCCUCCAAAGAAUCGGCGGCAUGAUUACUAUGCAAACAUUAUCGCUGCCCCAGCCGAAUAAGGCGGUAUUAUGAAAAUGACAAUUUUACAGUAAAAAUUUAAAACACACGAAACGCAUUUACGAAGCUAGUGCUAACUCGAUUUUAAAGAUCUAGGUAACAAUAAAAGCGGUAUAAAAUUUGUAAGGA